AUGAAAAAUGGAAGCUGGACAGGAAUCGUUGGAAUGGUGCAGAGAGGAGAGGCUGAUAUAGCUGUAAAUCAAUUAUCCAUAACGAAAGAAAGAUUGAAAGCAGUGAACUUUUCAAUUCCUUAUUCGGACGAAUUAAUUCAAUUUGUUGCACCCACUCCAAAGCGUAUAUCUUCACUUAUUGUGUACUUAUAUCCGUUUGACAUAAUGAUAUGGUUGUCAUGCAUAAGUAUAUUACUUUUAAUGCCAUUUAUGCACGUGCUUUUACUUCCUAAAGGAAAAAAGUACAGUACUGAAUUACUAAGAUUACUAGGUUGCAUAUUAAAACAACCUAUGUAUACCAAAAACAAACGCAUGCAUAGAUUCUACAUUUUGCUAUGUUUAAUUUUUUCCAUGGUUAUUUCUUUAAGCUACUGUGCUGUACUGCUGUCGUUUUUAAGUGUACCUCUUUAUGAACCUAAAAUUCGGACUUUUAGUGACCUCUCUAAAGCAGUUCUAGGAGGUCAAGUCAAAUGCCAGGUGAUUGCUGGAUCGUUUGUUUUAUCACUUUUUUUGAAUUCCACCGAUGAACAAUUACGAAGCGUGGGUGAAUUAGUAGAGCGGAAUUCUUGGACCUUUCAAGUGAAGGAUUACAAAAACAAAACGAUAGAUGACAGAACUGCUUCUGUUUCUUCGGCUUUGUCGUUACAGUCACUUUACAGGGAUUACAAGAACAUAGUGUUUUCGGAAGAUUCCCUUAUGACUACAAAUUUAGGCAUCGCAAUGAGCAAAGGUUUUUGUUGUAAAGAAAAAUUGAAUGAUAUGAUAUCCAGAAUUAAGAACGCUGGACUCUAUGAAAAAAUUAAAUCUGAGGAGUACCUAACAAAGCCAUUAGCCUUAAGUGUUAGCCACAAGCUUACAGGAAAAAGGAAUGCUUCAGUGAUGGAUGCUGACUUUGGAGGUAGGAUGAAGACAGGAAGAUCGACGAGCGGAGGUGGUCCUAUAUCCUUGUUAAGUCAACGUCCAGUUACGGUUGCAAUAUCAACCACAGAAGCUGAGACAGUUGCAGCAAAUUAA